AUGGUUAAGGAAACUGAUCGUAGUACUCUUUCCUCCAUUGCCUUGUUGCAAGAGAGGUUCAGACAAUUGGAAAAAAUGAAGGAACUGCGACAGGGGAAAGCGCUCUUAAGAAUACUGUCUGAAUCCGAAAGCCGUUAUGGUUCUCACAUCUUGAAUUGCGAGCCCGUGAAUAAAUCGUGUUUUGGCCCAGAACUUUUGAUGUUUGCUCCCAAGCCGGAUUGCCAACUUUCUCUUUCCCUUUUUCCGGAUACGGUACAGAUCAAGUCAUCGAGUUUCCGGGAAGUCGAGGUCCCACGUGGCACCAUUUCAUGGUUCGUUGACACGCCCUCGACUUGUUCUUCGUCGAUCAAAAUUGAGAAUUUCGACUCUGAUAUUGAUACUUCUCUCCAUCUGUAA